GCACACACACACCAGACUUCUCAAAGAAAUUUUACUCAACACAAUCACACCACAAGAAAUAGAAAAACAGAUCGAGAGAAGAGGAGAUAUAUAAAAUAAAGUAUAAAUUUUGGUGCCGAAUCGUGCACAACACACGCACAGCUGACCGGUGGAGGGGAAGAAAGACGAAGCACACAGGACGCCGCUACACACACACUGCCACUUACACUCCACCUACACCUGUAUUUCCGCCGUCAUGAAGGGAGCUGUCCUCUUCUCCUUGAUGUGUGUGGCGGCCGGGGCUGUGGUGCGGGCUGCCGAGGUGCUGAGACCAAGGGGAGUGCCUCUUUCAAAGGCAUCUUUCUAUGAUCCAUCACGGGACUUCAGCUGUCUUGAUGGGUCUGGCACGAUACCAUUCUCUUACGUAAACGAUGACUACUGUGACUGUCAGGACGGCAGUGACGAACCUGGUACAGCAGCAUGCCCCAAUGGUUUUUUCCAUUGUACCAACGCUGGCCAUUCCCCCCUCACGUUACCCUCAUCUCGGGUCAAUGAUGGCGUGUGUGACUGCUGUGAUGCCUCAGACGAGUACGCAUCCUCAGCCAACUGUGUAGAUGUGUGCCGAGAGCUAGGGCGAGCAGCAAGGGAGGAGGCUGUCAAGCGGAGGGAGGAGCGCCUGCGAGGCUUCCAGCUGCGCCAGGCCAUGAUUGAGGAUGGACACAAGAGGAAGAAGGAGGCUGAGGGCAAAAUAGAAGACCUGAAGAAGGAGAAGGAGGAAGCUGACACACUCCGUACUGAGAAGGAGGACCUGAAGAAAGCCGCUGAGGAGCCAGAGAAGGAGGCUCUGGAGAAGUAUCGUGCUGCAGAAAGUGAGAAGAAGGCACAGGAGCAAGCCCAGCAGAAGGAAAAGGAUGAAGCCGAGGCAAGGGAGGCCUUUGCUCACCUUGACAACAAUGGUGAUGGAGUGCUGACCAAGGAGGAAAUGAUGUCCCGGCAAACCUUUGACACCAACAGGGAUGGACAGGUGUCGGAGGAGGAGGCUAAGUUUUACUUGCAACAAGAGGACACCAUGAGUCUGGAGACCUUCAUUGGCACGGGCUGGGCCAUGAUGCGGCCAGUGUACCUCAUGGACAAGCGCAUGUUCACGCCACCCUCCACCACCCCCCCACCACAGCCAGAGGAGGAGCUCACCCCACCACCACCAGUGUUUGAUGAGGAGGAUCCCUACAUGACUGAUGGUGAACUUGAUGAUGAGGAAGAUGAGGAGAGGUAUGAGGAGGAGGAGGAGGUGGAGAAUUUUGACUCCGAUGUCGACUCAGAGAUAUCGCGCUACGUAAACUCUCGGGCUAACUGGGACCUCUUAGCGGAUGAUGGUGGUGACGAUGCAGAAGACUACGACCUUCCUGAUGAGUAUGCAGAGGGAGACAGCAAGGAGGAUGAUGAUGAGGAAGAUGAAGGCGAUGCACCAAAAGAGGAAGAGGAAGAUCCAAAGUACGAUGAGGAGACUCAGAAGCUUGUUGACGCGGCCAAUGAGGCACGGGAGCAGUUUGACGAAGCAGACCGGCGGGUGAGAGACCUAACCAGGGAGCUACGGACACUGGAGGAGACACAGGGCAAGGACUAUGGCCCAGAGGAGGAGUUCAGGGUCCUUGAGGGUAACUGCUAUGAUUUCACUGAUCGGGAGUACACCUACCGGCUGUGUCCCUUUGACAAGGCCACACAGAAGCCAAAAUCAGGUCAUGGGGAGACACGGCUAGGCCAGUGGGGUGAGUGGACCGGGCCAGAGGGUGACAAAUACAGUCGGAUGUUGUACUCCAAUGGCCAGGCCUGUUGGAAUGGGCCCACCAGAUCAGCUGAUGUUCAUAUAUCAUGUGGGACAGAGAAUAAGCUGAUAGGUGUGUCAGAACCAAACAGGUGUGAGUAUGUGUUCCUCUUCAGCUCUCCAGCAGUCUGUACAAAGCCAGAGGAAGAGCUCAGUGAGGAGACCACCCAUGCCCACACCGAGUUGUAGGGAAGGGUGUUGGCCUCCUGCCUGGGUGUGUGUUUGCCCAAUGUCUGCUCCCUGUCAUGUGUGUGUGUGUUUUUGUUACAAGUGCAACUUGGAUAUUCCAACCGUGAUGACUUUUAUAUGUGAUGUUGUAAGUGAAAGGUUAGUAGUGAAAGAAGUUGGCAUUGUAGUAUUUAAAAUGUAGAUUUGUGAUAAUUUUUUUUCCUUUCUUUAUUUUUAUUUGACUUUUUUCUUUUGUUGAAUGGCAGUCCAGAACUUUGGUUGGUUCAUCCUUUAAAAGGGGUACAUACCACUAAGCUAAAACAUUGCAUUGGGUAUUGUGAUCCACCUGAGUUGCAAUAAUAAUGUUAGGAGACAAAUAUUUUUGCAGGUUAGCUCUCUUUUUUGAGGGCUCAAGAAUAAAUUUGAUACAUGAUAAGGAACUUUUGAAUAUGUAUUUAAAAAUAGAUGUGAUCACUAAGUGAUGUUAAAAGCUAGUACAGCUUCAUUCAAUAUAAAACACCCAAUCAUACUUGUUAUUUGUUGGUGACAGCACAAUAUAUUUAACAGUCCAUGAAA